AUGGCCUAUGACCGCUUCAUUGCCAUCUGCAGACCCCUGCACUAUGGGACCAUCAUGGGCAGCAGAGCCUGUGUCAAAAUGGCAGCAGCUGCCUGGGCCAGUGGUUUUCUCAAUGCUCUCCUGCACACUGCUAACACAUUUUCAAUACCACUCUGCCAAGGCAAUGCCCUGGACCAGUUCUUCUGUGAGAUUCCCCAGAUCCUCAAGCUCUCCUGCUCAGACUCCUACCUCAGGGAACUUGGGUUUCUUGUGGUUGGUGCCUGUUUAGUCUUUGGAUGUUUCAUUUUCAUUGUGGUGUCCUACGUGCAGAUCUUCACUGCUGUGCUGAGGAUCCCCUCUGAGCAGGGCCAGCACAAAGCCUUUUCCAUGUGCCUCCCGCACCUGGCCGUGGUCUCCCUGUUUCUCAGCACUGUCAUGUUUGCCUACCUGAAGCCCCCCUCCCUCUCCUCCCCAGCUCUGGAUCUGGUGGCGGCUGUUCUGUACUCAGUGGUGCCUCCAGAAGUGCACUUGGAUGCAGACAGUGCAGAUUUUGCCUAA